GAUAAUUAUAACGCUUAAUAGGUUGGUAGAGUGCAUAUAUAAUUCAAUCGCUUUCAUUUACUACCUUCAUAUUCUUUCAGGUCCCUUAUUUUUGUGUGCUGACUGAUUGUUGAUUCGCCCCGCUCCACCCGGGCAAUCACUGCGGGGCUGGACACCAACUGAGUGUCAACGCUGUCAAAUCACUCUCUUUGCUUGUCUCACUCCCACCUCCUUUUUCUUCUUUCCCCCUCCUACUGCUAUAUUCCAGCUCUGUCCGAGUACGAUUUCUUCCUGCGAAAACUAUUCCGCGUUCACUGCCGAUUAAAGCACUCUCCCCCGUGUUUGAACACGAGCGCACUCUCAGUCCAACCCGGCGCCAUGGCUGAUUUACAAGGUCGCAAGAUCUACAAGGUCUUCAAUCAGGAUUUCAUUGUCGGCGACAGAUACCAUGUGACCAAGGAGUUGGGUCAGGGCGCAUACGGUAUUGUCUGUGCCGCAAACGACAAUGUCACGGGUGAUGGCGUCGCCAUCAAGAAGGUUACCAACGUGUUCAGCAAGAAGAUAUUGGCCAAGCGCGCCCUGAGAGAAAUUAAGCUAUUGCAGCACUUCCGCGGCCACCGUAACAUUACCUGUCUGUAUGAUAUGGACAUUCCUCGCCCGGAUAACUUCAAUGAAACAUAUCUGUACGAAGAAUUGAUGGAGUGUGACUUGGCCGCUAUUAUUCGUUCCGGACAGCCCUUGACCGAUGCGCAUUUCCAGUCUUUCGUCUACCAAAUCCUCUGCGGUUUGAAGUACAUCCAUUCGGCGAACGUCCUGCACCGUGACUUGAAGCCCGGUAACUUGUUGGUCAAUGCGGACUGUGAACUUAAGAUUUGUGACUUUGGCCUCGCGCGUGGUUUCUCGAUCGAUCCCGAGGAGAAUGCUGGUUACAUGACCGAAUACGUCGCGACAAGAUGGUACCGUGCUCCAGAGAUUAUGUUGAGCUUCCAGAGCUACACCAAAGCCAUGAUACUAACCCCGAUAGUUGACGUGUGGUCCGUCGGCUGUAUCCUCGCCGAACUCCUCGGCGGCCGCCCCUUCUUCAAGGGCCGCGACUACGUCGACCAGCUCAACCAAAUCCUGCACUACCUGGGCACCCCCAACGAAGAAACUCUGGGCCGCAUCGGCUCCCCCCGCGCCCAGGAAUACGUCCGCAACCUCCCCUUCAUGCCCAAGAUCCCGUUCGACCGCCUCUUCCCCAAUGCCAACCCCGACGCCCUCGACCUCCUCGACCGCAUGCUCGCCUUCGAUCCCACCUCGCGUAUCUCUGUUGAGCAGGCUCUCGAGCAUCCCUACCUGCACAUCUGGCACGAUGCCUCAGACGAACCCGCCUGCCCCACGACCUUCGACUUCCACUUUGAAGUCGUCGAGGACGUCGCUCAGAUGCGCAAAAUGAUCUACGAGGAAGUCGUCAACUUCCGCGCUGCUGUGAGGCAACAAUCCCAGGCGCACGCUGCUGCUGUCGCCGCACAGCAGCAACAACUCGGCAACGUUCCGAUCCCCGAGGGCCAGAAUGGUGGCUGGAAGCAUGAAGAACCCAAGCCUCAGGAGGCUGCUGGGGGUGGGGGUCCUGCUAGUGAUCUUGAGGCGUCACUAGCGCGGGGAAUGGAUGCUCAUCAUCGUUGA